CAUUUGCAAACUAAUAGAAUAGUAGGUACAGUAAUAAAAUAACAAAGAUUUGCUUUAAUAGCCCUGUUCUAAUAUCUAAUAAUUUGUUCCCAGUUCUUGUACGUAAAAACAUUUUUGUUCCAUAACUCCUUUUUAAUUCUCGUAAAUUGUCUGUAAUUUGUGUUUGUGAUGAACGAGAAUCACACGAGAAGCCCGUCUAGCCCUUUGGAUAUUAUUGAUCAAGAGCAGGCCGUGCUGAUGGAUCCUAUUGACCACGACCGCUGUCGAUAUCCGUACUGUAUUGUUUGGACUCCUAUACCUGUUUUAACAUGGUUUUUCCCAUUCCUUGGACAUAUGGGUAUAUCAACAUCCAAUGGAGUUAUCAGAGAUUUUGCUGGUCCAUACUUUGUUUCUGAAGAUUUGAUGGCAUUUGGAAACCCUACAAAAUAUUGGCAACUAUCUCCUCAGAAAGCCAAUAAUGGACAGGCGGGAUGGGAUGCUGCAGUUGCAGAAGCGUCCGAAAUAUAUAAAAAGCGAAUGCAUAUAAUAUUUUACGACAACUGUCAUUCUCAUGUUGCCAAAGCAUUAAACAUCAUGAACUAUGGAGGAAGUCGGAAUUGGAACAUGGUUAAAUUGGCCCUUUUUAUGAUACCAUACUCUAAAUAUGUUAGUGUCGGAGGAUUCCUCAAGACGUGGCUACCUUUCCUUGUGAUCGUGGGCAUCAUUUGCGGGCUCGCUUAUGUGAUAUAAACAUUACAUCGUAAAAGAUGGGAUUGAAUAAUGGGCUUGGAUCUACUUGUCUUUCAAUAGUAUAUAUCUUCGCCUUUAUAAGACUGUUAAAAUACUUUCCUUAAAAAAAAUAUUUUUGUUGUAUUUUUUAAAAUGUAUUUAUUAUUUUUGUGGAUGUGAAUAUUUCACAUAAAGUUAUGACAUUUUAGCUGGGGGCACGUGAUACACCCACGCCACUCUGGCUUGUUCCUGUGUAAAGACACAUUGGUGUCUCGUGACACAUGGGUGUAUCGUGGGUGUUCGUCGAAUUUUCGAACAAUUUGAGUCCAGUGCUAAAGAAAUAUUGAUAGUACUCAUUAAUGUGAGUUGCAGUUUGAAUUGUAUACUAGUGGUAUAAGGCUGUUCGCGACAAGUCGAUAAGAACGUUCAAGCGAAGUGACGGUAGUCGACUCUUUGGUGUACAACAAAAUUAAAAACUUAGGACACCGAACUGUAUCUAACAAAAUUAUAUUAAAGCGUCAUGGAGGAUGGUGCGAAUUUUACGUUUCUGUUGUUGGGUGAUUUUAAUAAUUAUUCAUAACGGCUUACUGGUUUUGAUUCGAAUUAUAUUCUGGACAUAGUAUUUUUGUUGUUUGUUAAUUUUUUCUAAUACUUUUUGGCUUAUUGUCGUGUUUGAGAAUUGUUUAUAUUUUUACGCGUGACGUAUCAACAACCCACGUAAUAUUCAAUGCGCAACCGAUACAAAUAAGGAAGCGAAGAAUGCGCUGUGCGGAUUGGCGGGACAUCUUCCUCCACGACCCGUCUCAUAGCCCAGUUGCCAUGUCGACCUAUCAUGAACUUUAGUGGUUGACUUUUUGGCGGGAACAUCAGGAGAGUAGUUAUGUGAAUUGUUGUUUAAUUUGACUAUGCUGAGAUAAUGCUGGCUUACUAACCAACAAUGGUGAAAAAUUCAAAUUCACUUUUCGGUUUCUUUCAAAAAGUCCACCAAAGUCGCAGUAAAUUCCAACUAUCUUACAGGGACAUUGUUGAAUUUCAUGUAAUCAUAUCAUCACUUUUCAACCGCCCGACUGCAUAAAAAGGGAUUUUCAUAAGAUGAUGCAUUAGGUUUUUUUCAAAUUUAAUUUUUUUGUUGGUAUUUUUGUGGCCGUUAACACAAUGUGCAAUAAUAGUGAAUAUAGUAGAUUUUUCUAGUAGUUUAAUUACCUACGCAAACUAUGUUGUAGUUAAGUUACGCAAUCGUUUUGUCAAUAUAAAACUAAUAAUGUGUACUUGAUUCAGUAAUUUUUAAGUCCGAAAAUAUUACAGUAGAAAUGGAAAUUGUCCGUUUCCAAACAUACUCGUUUUUCUACGUAUUUCAAGUCUAGGCGAGGCUUGACCGUACAGAAAUCUUACCUUAUAGCACACAAAACUAUUCUAAUUUUUUUUCUACCUAUGCUGAUAGCCUUGAGAGGCUAUUUCAGCUUCGCCCUAACAUGUAGGUGAGCUCACGGGGCUCAAACCGAAGUGUUGC